ACUAAGCAUAUAAAAACAUAUAGAGGUACAAAGAUUUGGAGAAACGUAAGAGAGAGAUGGAGGCUUUUCCAGUCAUUGACAUGGAGAAACUUAAUGGUGAAGAGAGAGCAGCAACUAUGGAGAUGAUCAAAGAUGCUUGUGAGAACUGGGGCUUCUUUGAGUUGGUGAAUCAUGGUAUGUCCCAUGAGCUUAUGGACACAGUGGAGAGGCUAACAAAGGAGCACUACAAGAAGUGCCUGGAACAAAGGUUCAAAGAAAUGGUGGAAAGCAAGGGUCUGGAGGCUGUUCAGUCUGAAAUCAACGACUUGGACUGGGAAAGCACCUUCUUCUUGCGCCAUCUUCCUGUUUCCAACAUCUCUGAAAUCCCUGAUCUUCAAGAUGAUUAUAGGAAGGCAAUGAAGGAAUUUGCUUUAAAACUAGAAGAACUGGCUGAGCAGCUUCUGGACUUGCUAUGCGAAAAUCUUGGGCUAGAGAAAGGGUACAUGAAGAAGGCUUUUUAUGGCUCCCAAGGUCCAACCUUUGGCACCAAGGUGAGCAGCUAUCCUCCAUGCCCUCGUCCAGAGCUCAUCAAGGGCCUCCGGGCCCACACCGAUGCCGGCGGCAUCAUCCUUCUCUUCCAAGACGACAAGGUCAGUGGACUCCAGCUGCUCAAGGAUGGUGAAUGGAUCGAUGUCCCCCCCUUGAAACACUCCAUUGUUAUCAACAUUGGUGACCAACUUGAGGUAAUCACAAAUGGCAAAUACCAGAGUGUGAUGCACCGGGUGAUUGCUCAGUCAGAUGGAAACAGAAUGUCGCUAGCUUCGUUUUACAAUCCAGGCAGCGACGCUGUCAUCUAUCCAGCACCGGCACUGGUGGAGAAAGAAGGAGAGCAGAAUCAAGUUUACCCCAAAUUCGUGUUCGAGGACUACAUGAAGCUCUAUGCUGGACUCAAGUUCCAGGCUAAGGAGCCCAGGUUCGAAGCCAUGAAAACCAUAAAAACUCCUGUGAACUUGGGUUCAAUCGCAACAGUUUGAUUGGCUUCCUUGUUAACAAGGUAUGAUAAUAAGGAUACAAUAAGGUAAUUAGUGAGACUUAAGAUAUUAAGUUUGCUUUUUCUGAUGUUUUGUUCAUAGAGGGUUUGCUUGGCUUGGCUUGCUAGUGUGUUGUUGUGAACUUGGAGUUUUAAAUAAAUUAUUAGAGCUUGGUUGGACUUGAAGUGAUCAUGUAUGGUUUGUGUUGUGGUGGUGUGGUGAUGAUUAUUAAUAUUCUCUCUGUUGUAUAAAGUAACCAAAACUUACCUCUUUGAUGUGAAAUGUGUUAAUGAAAAAGUGUCUUCCAUUA